GUGGGGCGCUCUUGGAGGCGGGGACCCAGGCAUCAGGGGAGCCAAGGAAGUCGUACUCCCUUGAACUGUGAGUUUCCGACGGUUCGUUCCAUGGCGCGGGAUUGUGAGUUUUUUUGUGCUGGAGGCGUCUUUGGGGAUUCAGAUGGACGAGCCAAUGGCUUUUUCUCCACUGUGCGACCGUUUUCAGGCUGAUGAUUCUUUAAAAAAAUAUGAGCAGAAUUUUAAGCUUUCAGGUAUUAAAAAAGACAUUGAGAAACUUUAUGAAGCUGUGCCACAACUUGGUAGUGUGUUUAAAAUUAAGGACAAAAUUGGAGAAGGCACUUUCAGCUCAGUCUAUUUGGCCACAGCACAGUUACAAGUAGGCCUUGAAGAAAAAAUUGCUCUCAAACAUUUAAUUCCAACAAGCCAUCCUGUAAGAAUUGCAGCUGAACUUCAGUGUCUCACAGUGGCUGGGGGGCAAGACAAUGUCAUGGGAGUUAAAUACUGCUUUAGGAAAAAUGAUCAUGUGGUUAUUGCUAUGCCAUAUCUGGAGCAUGAGUCUUUUUUGGACAUUUUGAAUUCUCUUUCCUUUCAAGAAGUACGGGAAUAUAUGUUUAAUCUUUUCAAAGCUUUGAAACGCAUUCAUCAGUUUGGUAUUGUUCACCGUGAUGUUAAGCCCAGUAACUUUUUAUAUAAUAGACGCCUAAAAAAGUAUGCCUUGGUAGAUUUUGGUUUGGCCCAAGGAACCCAUGAUACAAAAAUAGAACUUCUCAAAUUGGUCCAGUCUGAAGCUGAGCAAGAAAGUUGUUCACAAAACAAGUCUCACAUAAUCAUUGGAAACAAGAUCUCAUUGAGUGGCCCUGCAUCUAAGGAGCUGGAUCAGCAGUCCACCGCAAAAACUUCUGUCAAAAGACCCUAUACAAAUGCACAAAUACAGAUUAAACAAGGAAAAGAUGGAAAGGAGGGAUCUGUAGGCCUUUCUGUCCAGCGCUCUGUUUUUGGAGAAAGAAAUUUCAAUAUACACAGCUCCAUUUCACAUGAGAGCCCUGCAGUGAAACUUGUAAAGCAGUCAAAGACUAUGGAUGUAAUAUCAAGAAAGUUAGCAAUGAAAAAGAAGCCUGUUUCUACAAAAGUUAUGAAUAGUGGUGUGGUAAAGAAAGCUGUCAGCUCUUGCCCAGCCAGCCUGACCUGUGACUGCUACGCAACAGAUAAAGUUUGCAGUAUUUGCCUUUCAAGGCAUCAGCAAGUUGCCCCUAGGGCAGGUACACCAGGAUUCAGAGCACCAGAGGUCUUGACAAAAUGCCCAAAUCAAACUACAGCAAUUGACAUGUGGUCUGCAGGUGUCAUAUUCCUUUCUCUGCUUAGUGGACGAUAUCCAUUUUAUAAAGCAAGUGAUGAUUUAACUGCUUUGGCUCAAAUUAUGACAAUUCGAGGAUCCAGGGAAACUGUCCAGGCUGCUAAAACUUUUGGCAAAUCAAUAUUAUGUAGCAAAGAAGUCCCAGCUCAAGAUUUGAGGAAACUCUGUGAGAGACUCAGGAGUCUAGAUUCUAACAUUCCCAAAUUAGCAAGUGAUACCCAAAGAUGUCCUUCUCAUGAUUCAACUUUUUCAGAGAAGACUGACCAUAAAGCUUCUUACAUCACACAAAGAUCUCAAGCACAGCCCUCAAGAGAUUCAUUAUAUAAAGGGGAUAAUAAUGGGUGGAGGAAUCACUUUGAUGAGAAUAAGACCAAUUUAGAAGGCUGGGACGAGGUACCUGAUGAAGCUUAUGAUCUGCUCGAUAAACUUCUAGACCUAAAUCCAGCUUCAAGAAUAACAGCAGAAGAAGCCUUGUUGCAUCCAUUUUUUAAAGAUAUGAGCUUACGAUGAUGGUUCUUCAUUUAAUGUUAUCGUCAUACAUUGUGAGGCGGAGUGAAAGAGUCCUUUGUAAAAAUAGCCAUAAGUUCUUAUUUAAGGAAUAAGGAAGGAUGAAUAAUUUAUUUUAAAAUUUCAGUAUUUGUUCUGGUGGCAGAUGGUAAAAUAUAGAUUAAAAUUACUUAAAAUGCCUCGAAGAGUUCUCUGGACUAACUUCGUGAUCUUUGAGUUGAACCCAACCAAGUAGAAUCAGAUCUUUAGUUUCCUUUCACUGCCAAGCAAAGGAGGAAACAGUUUCACCCUAGGCCAUGGGUUCAAGAUAUGAGAUUAAUGGAUGUGCUAGGGGUUAAAUGAGUCAGAAACUUGGUUUCCUGCUGCCUUAACACUAUGAGCUGUGUGUCUUUUGGGAAAAUGCAACCUGGUGCUAGUGCUCUCAAAAUUUUUUUUAGGUAAAAAUACCUUCUUGAGAUACACAUUAUGCCUUUUGUAAACACUGAGGAAAUAUCUAUGGGGCAAGAUUCCACGUAAAAUUGUAUUUAUCCAUUUAAAAAAUGUUUCAUGAAAUCUUUUUCGCAUUGUCAUGUUUUCCUGGUUUUUCUCCCUUCUCUGUCCCUACCUAACACAUUCUCCUUGGAAAUGAUAUGGUACCAUAAAAUUUCUGGGUGCUUUACUAAGUGUAACAUGUUUACAGUUGGGAAUUUAAAAUAAUAACUUGCACACUGAUUGAUAAGGGGACGCUUUCAGGACCAAGGUGAAUAUUGAUAGUCCAAAGUGCUUUUCUUUUUCUGUAUUAUUUAUGUUUUCCCACAGCAUCUUAAUGUAUAAUUAGAUAACUGCUAAAGGGAAAAGUGAACAUAAAAUUGAGAAUUUUACUGGAGGUAUUUUUCUCUACUUAGAGCCAUUCACAUUUCUACAGCUGUUUUGACUUAAGUGGGUUAGGAAGACAUAAGUGAAGGAUGCAAAGUAGAAAAGGACCUAGUAUAGAGGUUUAUGUUAUUUACAUUCCAAAAUGAUCCACAACAGUGUAUCACAUUUCCUAUAUGGAAAAUAAGUCUGGGAGAAGUUUCCUGUUUAGUUAUAGAUAGUUUAGGGACAAAUAUUCACUAUUCUGAUCAUUGGUAAGUCAGUAUGCCUACCUAAUGUUUGGUAAAUGUAGUACGUGUGUGUGUGUGUGUGUGUGUGCGCGCAUGUGUGCCAUUGCCAUUGAUUUGAUGUCUUAUGCUGUAAUUUUUUUUAAAAAAAACUAAUGUCCUUGAAUUUGUAUAUUUAAUAAAAUUAUCCCUUGGUA